AUGCUCGCUGCGUUCCGCUUCGGGACGGAUCUUUGGGAUCCCUCCCACCGCUUCGAGACCUCGUGGCUUCUUUCUCCCUAUCUUUUGGCCGCGUGUCGAGCGCUGAUUAGUCUAUACAUCUUCGUCGUCCGCUUCUUCGUCAUCGGCUGGACCUGCACUCACGCCGAAGAUGGCGGGUGCAAGGUUGUCGGCCAGAGCUUCUCCUACUUCACUGUCCUGACGUAUUGGGGACUCUCUUUUUACUUCCUCAUCUCGGCCAUCCACACCUUCACGUACGCGCACUCGGGAACCCCGCUGCUCGACCGUUUCCCGCGACCCCUGCAGGCCCUGCACGCCUUCUACUACGCCACCAUCAUCACCUACCCCUUCAUCGUGACGAUUGUGUACUGGGCCAUCAUCUACGAGGCCCCCUGGUACGCGAAGCAGUUCGAUGCCUGGAGCAACAUCUCCCAGCACGGCCUCAACUCGGCUUUUGCCCUCUUUGAGAUUGUGGUUCCGCGGACUAGCGCCGCCCAGCUCGAGUGGGUGCACAUGCUCUGGCUCAUCAUCGUCCUGGCCCUGUACCUCGCGCUCGCCUACGUCACGUACUACACCCAGGGCUUCUACACCUACGACUUCCUCGACAUUCAGAAGAACGGCAGCGGCAAGGUGGCUGCCUACAUUGUCGGUAUCGCGGUUGCCGGUAUCGUCUUCUACCUCAUCGCCAAGGGCCUCAUCUGGCUGAGGCAGUGGGUUACCGAGAAAAAGUUGGGCAUGGACGGCAAGUUUGCCCAGCAGCGCUUCCGCGACUAUGGCAUCGAGCUGGGUACGAUUACCUCCAAGAACUGA